AUGUCGUCCUCUGACUAUGCUAAAUUUAUUGUUUUCAUUUCAUGGGCCUGUAGUUCAUGGACUAAAGCUUAUUUGGUGCUUUAUAAUGCGCGUGGAGGCGCUCCAUUAAUUUUUCGCAAGAGGCUUGCUGAAGAUGAAAAAAAAAUAAUGGCAUGCUGGUAUAUGCUGUCAUUGUUUUCUCCGCGUAAUACACCUCUUCCACCUCUUAUAUCAUUAAUUCCGAAAUUAUUUUGGAUUUAUUUUCCUACAUUAUUCAUCGAAGAAUUGAUGCAUUUUUUCCUUCUGAGGCAUUUUGUUCAUAUACGUAAUUCUACAUGUUACACCAUUCGAGGACGUCCCGCCCCAGAAGAUACGAAAGAUGAAGAUUGUUGUGUAUGUUAUGGUGUUGGCGUGGGGGUUCUAGAAAAUUAUUGUAAUGUUCCUCAUCACGUAGCUCAUCGACCCUGUAUGUUUCGGUGGUACACUACAGGAUUGGCGGGAAUAUCACGGACUCUUCCAGGUCAAAAUCUAAAUUCAAGGCUGACACAAAUCAAAUUAUUAAGGCCAAUGCCGACAUGUCCAAGUUGUCGUGGAAAGUUAGAAGUUGAUCUUCGGCAAAAAGAUAUACUAGAAAAGGAAGAAGUUAUAGGAAGAGGGAACAAUACCAAUAAAUGGCUGGUCAAACUUAGGUCUUUAGUAAAAGAAUGGCGUAAUAUAAUGAAUUUGCGAUGUAUAAUGGUGAGGAGUGGGAUUACAGUUACAUAUAUUUUGGUAGCUUUGAUGAUUUUAAAAUGGAGGGAGAGUGUCAUUCGAAGAAAAAAAUCACGAGAAGUUGUUAUACCUCAUCUAUAA